AUGAUCAUGUUGUGGGUAACACUGCUUGUCCUUCAUCAAGCAUAUACGCUGAUCCCAGUGAUCACGGUUCAACUUGGUGAAGGUGCAACCUUCACAUGUGCUUUCUCUGAUGAUGACUUCAGCAGGAAGAAUUUCUACUGGUACAAGCAGAGUGCCGGUGAUACUCUGAAAUUAAUUGUGAAACUGACUACAACUCCUGAGUAUGGACCAGGGUUUUCUCCCUCAAGAUUGGAGGCACAUAAAGAUAAGAAUUUUAUUAACUUGACCAUUUUGAGGACAGUCCAAGAAGAUGAGGGAAUGUACCACUGUGAGGUCAUGGACUGGAUUAAAACCAAAUGGAACGGGACAUAUUUGUCAGUAAAAGGAAACAGUGAAAGGACAUCAAACUAUACUGUUGUUCAGGGGUCAACAGUCCAUCCAGGAGACUCUGUGACUCUCCAGUGUUCAGUCCUCUCUGACUCUGGGAACAAGACGUGUCCAGGAGGACACAGUGUUUACUGGUUCAGAACCGGAUCAGAUGCAUCUCACCCAGACUUCAUCUACACUGAUGGAAGUAGCCCUGAUGAAUGUAGAAAGAAAUCUGACAUGAAUUUGUCUCCAAAGAGCUGUGACUAUCACUUCUCUAAGAAGGUCAGCUCCUCUGAUGCUGGGACUUAUUACUGUGCUGUGGCCACAUGUGGAAAGAUAUUAUUUGGAAAUGGAAUUAAAUCUUUCUUUUUUCUUAAUUUUCUAGUGCAAACAACACAUUCACUAUUUAUUGGAAUAGUGAUAUUAACAAUCUGCUUGGCCGUUUCUGUUGUUGCAAAUAUCGUCUUCAUCUGCAACCAGAGUCUUAAAGUAUGUCAACAAUGUAAAGCUGCUGCUGCUCUGCAAACAUAUAUUGAAACAAGCAGUGAUGGUCAACAGAGAGUUGGGGAGCAGUGUGAAGGUCCUGCUCAGCCUAUAGAGAGGGGUUUUACUGGCUGUGGCUUUUUGACAGCUUCCCCCGCUGAGCACAAUGUCAUCGGGAAAGACACAGGACCAUCUACAGAUAUCACUACAGGCCCUCCAUCUGAUCCAGUUCGACCAGGAGACCCUGUUACUCUCCAGUGUUCUGUCCUCUCGGCAAACAAAACAUGUCUAGAAGAACACAAUGUUUACUGGUUCAGUGCCACAUUGGAUAAAUCUCACCCCAGUUUUAUUUAUACUCAUGGAAACAGUAGUGAUCCAAGUGAGAAGAGCCUUGAUACUCAGUCUAUACAGAAAUGUGUCUACAACAUCUCCAGCAACGUCAGCUCCUCUUAUGCUGGGACUUAUUACUGUGCUGUGACCACAUGUGGGGAGAUACUGAGGAGGAAUCGAACAAAAACGGAUAAUGAGGCUGUACGCAUGUGUGAUGUACAGAAGGCUGAUACAGCUCUCUCUCUGCUGUCUGCUGCUUUGGCCUUAAGUCUGACUGUUAUCAUCGGUCUUGUUUAUUCAAUCAAGAAAAUGAAGAAAAAAACUUGUGACUGUUGUAACGUUGAUCUUUAUAUGAAUGCUGCAGCCAGUGAUGUUCAGCAAAAUAGGCAGACAGAUGAUGACUCAUUGGUUUAUUCUGUAGCAACCUUCACAAGCAAGAAAUCUUACAAAGCCGGAACAAGGGAUAAAAACACAGCAGAAGAAGAGACCAUUUACGCUGAUGUCAGUACCCUUGUGUUGAAUUAA